AGCUUUACUCUUCCUGCUCUUUUCCUCGCUGCCCUGCUGUCUCUACCCCCUCGACGCCGUUUUAUUCUCUUCUCUCCUUUUUUCUUUGGACUUUAAUUUUGCUUUGUGGCAGCCGACUUUCACGCUUUCUAAUCUCGCUAUCUCUCUCACCCUCCGCAACAGACAUGAAGAUUGUGCUAAUGGGCGCUCCCGGUUGUGGCAAGGGCACGCAAAGCCCCUACGUGCAGGAGCGCUACGGGCUGUGCCACCUGUCCACGGGCGACAUGCUGCGCGAGGCGGUGACCCGCAAGACAGUGAACGGCCUGCUCGCGAAGGACGCGAUGAACGCCGGCAAGCUGGUGAGCGACGAUAUCGUGUUUGGAAUCGUGAAGGACAGCAUCAAGAAUCCGGAGUGCCGCUACGGCUACAUCUUAGACGGGUUUCCUCGCACGCUGAAGCAGGCGCAACUGAUGGACGAGGCCGGCGAGAAGGUGGACAAGGUGAUCGAGUUCAGCGCCCCGGACGAGGUGAUACUGCAGCGUACUAGCGGCCGCUGGAUUCACAAGGCGAGCGGCCGCACGUACCACGAAGUCUUCCGCCCCCCGCAGUCCCCCGGCAAGGACGAUGUCACCGGCGAGGAACUUUAUCAGCGAAAAGACGACCGCCGGGACGUGUGCGAGAAGCGCUUGGAAAUUUACAAGAAUGAAACGCGGCCGCUCGCGGAAUACUUUAGUAAACUUGGUGUGUACACGAUGAUCAACGCCGACCGCACCGUUGACGAGGUGCGCAAGAACAUCGCCGCUCUCCUCGAUCCAAUCGCCGUUGCCACCGGGCUCAAAUGA